AUGCAUAGAAGAGUCGCUCAGACAGUCGCAGCCGUCUUGCCGCAAACCUACUAUGGAUGGGACAGCCUAAGGGACCCCAGUCGAGUCACCAAUGAAGUAUUCUAUGCGCCAGACCGACCUAGGCCUUCUGAAAGCAGUCGGCGAGGCACGUCAAGUAGUGACUACCACAGCGAUCACGACGACCAUUCCGACACUGGGAGAGCCCAGUGGAGGCGUAUGGACUCGCACGGCGAGAGUAUCCUAAGCGGCUUAGGCGACGACGAACACGAUCACAGGAUGAGAGGCAGUCCCGAGAGCCUCAGGCGCGGUAGCUCGCUUUGCAGGGUGGCAGAGGAGGAUAAUGCUGAGGUAUCGCGGGACCAGGCAUACGACUCCGACUAUGACGCUGCUGACGUCGACGAGGCGUUGGAAUGGGAGUUGGAGGAGAACGGCCUAUACCUUGGGUCAUACAAGCGAUUGCUCGCAAUGUAUACCAUGGUGCCGUUGACGGCGCUGACCACCUUUGUUGCGAUCGUGCUCCUCCCGUGGUUAUGCUGGCCCGGUUCAACGCCUUCUCGUUAUCCUUCCUACUCUCCGUCGCCGAUUCCGGAACUUGCGUUGUCCUCCGCAAUGUUUAUUUCGCAUGUCUCAGUGUCCACGUUCUUGAGCAUUUUGGUUGUCAAUCUCUUACGCCUUAUGUCCCUCAUCGUUCUCGAGGUCCGCCACAAUAUGAAGUUCCCCACGCCAACAUGGCAAGAUCCAUCCUUCCGCACAGUUUGGUGGCUUUCACUGAACGUUGCCGAAGUCUUGGUGGCAAUCGCGCAAAACUACCAGGGUAUCUCUCUUUACCGAGAUGUCAUGGUUCCUCCAGGAAGGGAGCUUGAGUUCUUGGAAAGGUUAAAGCAAAAUCCGUCAAGUCCGAUACCGGCGUCUAAUGGCCACGCUUACGAUUGGAGGGAUCGUGUGCGCGCAUUCCCUGAGCAGCCUGUCGAUCCGGAAGCUGAAGGCCUGCAAACUGAUGAGCCGCACCCAAAUGCAACUGCUCUCACAUCACAAAUCGAUAAGGACUUUGACACACUCAUGGCCGUCAAAGCCCGCGAGGAGCUAGAAGAACUUUAUGGUGUCGCAGUCGUCAAAAUUCCAGUUUUCAUUGCAUGCCUGCAAAGGUUCAACUCUAUCAUCCUUUCUCUCGGGCUUAACCUUCUCUUAUCGGCUGCAUUUCUUCGGUCAACUCUCUCCAUCCCAGCCUCAGAUAUUGAACAAGUGCAUCUCGACGUCUUCUCACAUUCUUCCCUUAUCGUCGCAUUUCCCGUUGUCUUGGUUAUUCACACGUCGCUCGCAUCCCUCUAUACUCCCACCGUACUUCCUCGCAUUGGCGUGCACACAGCUGCGUACGUGGGUGUGCUCGUAAGCCUUAUGUCCUUCUUCGCCGGUCUGGCGGUAUGGGGUGCCCUGUCAUAG